AUGCGCUACUGGGCCGUUGUCGCGGCCGUGCUCGCGCUCUUUGCGCCAGUGUUCGCCCACAGGAUAGACGUCGCGCCGCGCUCCAAGCAGUGCUUCUUUGAGAACCUCCAGACCGAUGACAGGAUGACUGUCUCGUACGAGGUCGGCGGCGCGUCGCACAAUGGCCCCCUUGAGAUUGACUUCUAUGUUCAAUCGCCCAGCGGAAACCAGAUUUACAGCUCAAACCGCGAGUCGCAGGGCUCGUUCUCAACGGCUGCCGCUUCGCCCGGCCGCUACACUUACUGCUUCAACAACCACGGUAGCCCGACCUCGGCCAAGACCGUCAGCUUCAACGUCCACGGCAUCCUCUUCCUUGGCGACGACGAGCCCAUUGCCCCCGUCGAGGUGGAGAUCCGCGAGCUCUCUAACCGCAUCCAGAUGGUCAAGGAUGAGCAGGCUUACCUUGUCGUUCGCGAGCGUGUGCAUAGGAAUACCUGCGAGUCGACCAACUCGCGUGUCAAGUGGUGGGGUGUGGCUCAGAUUAUCAUUCUCCUGUCCAUCUGCGGGUGGAACGUCCACUACCUCAAGAGCUGGUUCGAGGUGAAGCGUGUGCUGUAG